UAUUCAUCAAUUAUUCAUCAUGCAAAGAGAUCAAAGAGACACAUUGAGACUUGCUAGAGUGAUAGGGGAUGUUUUGGAUCCAUUCACAACGUCUAUUAAUCUACGAGUUGUUUAUAACAAUAAGGAGGUUAGAAAUGGUUGUGAUUUGAGGCCUUCUAUGGUUAUCAACCAACCUAGGGUUGAAGUUGGAGGGGAUGAUCUUCGAACUUUUUACACUCUGGUUAUGGUGGAUCCUGAUGCUCCAACUCCAAGCAACCCAUACCACAAGGAGUAUUUGCACUGGUUGGUCACUGAUAUCCCAGCAACCACAGGAGUAACCUUUGGCAAUGAAGUGGUAUCUUAUGAGUGCCCAAGUCCUACAAUGGGAAUACAUCGACUUGUUCUUGUUUUAUUUCGUCAAUUGCGUCGAGAAAUCGUCCAUGCUCCUGAAAAUCGCCACAAUUUCGAUACGAGAGAUUUUGCAAAACUCAAUAAUUUUGGAUUGCCGGUAGCUGCUGUUUAUUUCAAUUGCCAAAGAGAAAAUGGUACCGGUGGCCGUCGAAUGUAAUCUUGCCUCAGAGUCGUUAAAAAUAAUACUGGUUGUGUUGAAUCCUAAAACAAACACGCGACUUUUGGAGGAUUAUUUGAUGUUCACCUAUCAAUAUUUUUCAAGAGUCAGAGCAAUAAAUAUAGAAGCUUGCUAGUUAAUUAGUAUCCAAUAAUAACUAUAAAGUCCUUAGUAGUCAUCAUAUCAUGCAAUAUCAAUUAUUGGUGAUUACUAUAUACAU